AUGGAAUUAGGCAAAUUUGGUGGGCUGCAGCUACCGUUGGGGGCUCCACUUCCCCACCCAAUGAGUGCUGAUCCAAAAUCUCCUCUUCCAGAGACCCCCCGCCUUGAGGGAGCUCUGCAUGGGAUAACUGAGGCUGUACAGGGACCGAGCAACACCACGGAUGGCGAUUUCUUAAAGCGAAAGGCCCCCGAGCACAUUGUCGUGGGAGAAAUUCGGCAAAAUUUGGACGACUUGAAAGCUGCAGUGCUGAGUUACUAUAGUAGGCUGUACUCUCUGGCUGGCCGCUCUAUCAAUGAGAGACUUGAUAGACUAGCAGCUCCCCCCUUCUCCAACAAAGCAAGCACUCGCCUACCUCUCGCUAGAGGUUCCCGCAGCACAUCAAAGAAGCACCAAGGACUUUCAGUUCCUCCCCCGGACACGUGCUUUGACUUUUUCGCGGAGGAACAUCAGGAUGGGGACCUGGUUUCAAAAGCCGAGGAUCCUUCCCUACAGAGGCGUUUCUAUGGCAUAUCCCAGCUCCCAGGGGAGAAAAUCGACAGGGAGAUGGUGGGACAUGACAACUUCCUGGGCCGGCAGCUCAAAGAAACCCGCGGAGGUCACAUAAAUGAGUUGCUAGGCGACUUGCGUUCUAAGUGCUCCGCAGCCACCAGCAGGCUCAACCUCAUUGGCGACCAACUGGAGAGAGAAUGUGAAGACCCAAACCUUAGAGAAUGGGAAUAUACAACACUACCACAGGUUCGCCGCAAACCUGACUUAGGCCGUGAUCCCCAGCUGCGACGCCAUUUAUUGACAUUGUAUCGGGACCUCUCCCACCAGUCCCAGACAAACCAGUUGAAGAUCAACGCUAUUCAGAGCAAACUGAAGGUGUUGAACCUUCACACACAAUCAGACAUGAUCAAACUCAAGUCUGAUCCCAGAAUUGCAUUCUAG